GGAAGCAGCUCCCUCCUUCCCUUCCGGCCCCUUCUCUGCUCCUUUCUCCGCCUCCCCUCCCCCUCUCGACCUCCUCCUCACCCCUGACAGACCCCGAGCACAGACAUGGGCAGCCCGUCCUGGUCCUGCAGCUGCCCUCCGCCUGGAGUAGGACCCUCGAGCCAAAGAACCACUGCUUCCCUGUGCGGGGACCUCAGGCAGCUGCCUCGCAGAAUGGCGGCCCAUGGCCACGGGCACUUCUGCCUGAGGAAUCCCUGUCUGGUGGACAAUCCUCACUCAAUGAUGGCCAGAGGGACAGACACGGAGCCACAGGGGCGGCCAGCGCUGGAACUGCCAAGGGCAGACGGUUUACUGAGCAUCUGCUUUGCCUGAAUGGACACGGCGUCACGGGCCCACACUACAGAUGGGAGAAACUGAGUCACAGAACCUCAGAGGGGAGUGUCCAGGCUGUCAGGGUCCCCUCGGCACUCGGCUGCGGUCCCACCUGCUCACCAACUCCAGGGCACACCCUGCCGUGCCCAGCUCAGUGACGCCCGGGACCCCACGAGGAGCGACCCCCCACACACACGCUGGAAAGCAACGGAAACAAAGAGGAGCUCGGCCCCUUCGACGCAGAGGAGGUGAGGGGACGGCGGGCAGAGGCCACGUUGCUGAAGGGCACGGUGGGCGGUCCACCCCGUGCUGCCCUGCAGGUCACUCGGGGAAGGGGGCAGCGUCCACCUGCAGCCCAGCUGCCUGGGGCAACAUCCUCUGCUGUGCCCUGGGUUCCUUCUCCCCGUCCUUUACCUCACCCGUUGGGAAGUCGUCCCUGUGCCUUACUGACCACUGCCAGGCUGUCCCCAGCUGUGACAUCAUGCCAUACACCCAGGGAACCAAGCCAGUCCUCCCUUCACUGCUGAGGGCAGAUCUGGGGACAGGGCCGACCCCUCCCCUGCCCUUCACGGCCCGGGCUGCCAGCUGCCCGGCCCCCUCUGACACCGAGAGCAGACGGCGCGGGUCCAGCUGGCAUCCCGGCCCCUCCCUGGCACCUGGGGCUCAGAGCCAGAGACGACUGAUCCCAGGGACUCACGCCUUGGAACUCGCUGCGGGCCUGACUCCUGAUGGGGACAAGGAGGGCGAGCGCGGCUCUGAAGGAGGACCUGGCGGUGGCAGGUGGCCAGGGAUGCAGGAGUGGCACCCGUGCAGGGACCCUCAGGCUCAGGCAGGACAGGGAUCAGGGUUGUCAGAGGCGAGACCCCGGCACAGAUUGUCCUCAGAGCCGGGAGUCGGAGGGCGGUCCCCUGAGGGAGGGGCACAGUCGCCCUGGAGGGAGCCCAGGCUAGUGGCCCAGGCUGCGCACAGAGCCUCGGCGGUGACGGGAGGCUCUCCACCCACGCUGUGCCGUGUGGCCGUCCUGGCCGCGUGUGGCAUCUGGAGAGCCACUGGAGAGCUGUUUUCCACUGGGCUUGACUUUGUUUCCGACCUGCCUCCCACACCUCCCCUCAGGGCAGGGGCAGCCCUGGGCCCGGAGCUGCCCGCAGGGACACUCCAGGACACUGAAGGCCCGGAGCCGGCACUCGGGGCUCCCGGGCAGGAGCGCUGCUCUCCUGAACAGGGUUUCCACGGCGCUUCUGUACAAAGUAAAGCCCUAAGGAAAUAACAGCAGACUAUCAGGCUGUGACCAAAACUGUGACAAUGACCAAAUGACCCACAUCUGUCUCAGGCAGAGGCGCCCAGUUCAAGGUGCUUCCGUCCACUGCCCAGGCUCAGUGCCUCUGCCCCACCCCGUGCCUCUGCUCUCCAAGAUCCUAGGCCCACCAUGGACCUCUGCUCUGGUCCCCUGCCCCCCAGCUCGCCCUCCCUGGAUCAGCAGGAUCUGGGGAGCCCGUGGGGCCAGAGAGACCCAGACAGCAGCCCAGGCGGAGGAAGCGAGCAAGCCCACAGGUCCCCGCUGUUUGGGAGGAUCUGGAGGACACUGUGGGAUGAUGUGUUGCCAUAACAACUCUGGGGAUGCUGAGAAGGGACAACAAGACUGUCCUCCACCCGCAGAGACGCAGACACAUCUUAGGAGAAGGGGACCACAGUCUAUAUGUGACUUCAGUCCCCUGAAGGAGAGUUUCCACCCGCUCCCCGGCCUCGCAGGGGAUGAGACCCCCAUUUGAGGGUGUGGGGGGCUUCUCUGUGCUGUUCACAUGACAGGUCUAUGAAGCUGGGACAACUGGCUCUUUUUAAAAUAAGGAAACCGGGCGCAGUGGUGCACCUCUGUAAUCUCAGUGGCUCAGGAGGCUGAGGCAGGAGGAUGGCAAGUUCAAAGCCAGCCUCAGCAAUGGCAAGGUGCUAAGCAACUCAGUGAGACCCUGUGUCUAAAUAAAAUAUAAAAUAGGGCUGGGGAUGUGGCUCGGUGACUGAGUGCCCGAGUUCAAUCCGUGGUACCCCUGCCCCCCCCAAAAAAUAGGAAAACCAAGGCUCAGAGAGGUUCAGUCACUUCAAGGAGCUCACACAGCCCCCAUAAGACCAUGGAGAGGGAUAGUGAGGAAGGGACUGAUUGGCAGGAAGCGUGACAGCCUUGGGGACCUGAUAACUGGGUCCUGAUCUCUGUCUUUCCUUUGCUGUGUGGCCUUGGAUAAGUCUCUUCCUGUCUCUGAACCUGGGUUUUCUCAGCUGUAGA